AUGCUCGCUGAAGAAGAAACAGAUUUCGACUUCGACGGUUUGGAGGACGAAUUUGGCCCAUAUCCUUUUGCAGAUUAUUGGGUAACUGUUAGCCGAGUCACUUAAGAAUUAAUAAAAGGAACUGAAUACAGGAUAUCAAAGAAUUGAGCGAAUUCAUCGGAGGAUUCGAGAAGUGGAAUCUUCUGAACGUGCUUUGCAAGACGAGAGUGAUUGGGUAUCUGGACGAGAAGACAAAGAUCCGACUGGCGAGAUGCUCGAAAUCCGAUUACGAUAAUGUCAAGAUGGUUCCCGCGUACAUUCACACAAUAUCCCUUACGGAUAACCAGCGAAUGAGGUUCGAAUACCAGUGGGAACCCUUUGUAAGUCCUCAGUUUUUGGGAGAACAGCCAAAUAGAAAGCACGAUUUUCAGGACAACGCAACUGUGAAGUUUCAAUUCGGCAGUUGCGACGACGAUAGAAAACAUGUCGAAUUGGUGUUCUCGCCGCUCGGAGAAGACACCCAAUUGAGAUGGAUCGACUAUGAACGUCAUCGUGACGGAGCGCCAGUCAGCCACGUCAUCAGGAAGUGCAACUACUCGGAAGAGGCGGUGAAAUGCGCUGAGCAGUGGCUGAAGAAGUGCAAGUUCGGAGUGGAUGGAAUUGAUGUUCAGAUGGUGAACAACCCGCCGCAGAACUAUUCGAUUGAACCGCUGCCCUUCUGCCAGAACAUUCGACUUAGAGCGAAUAGCGAGAACGAGCUGCGGUGGUGGAUGGGGAAGUUGCCCGAGAAGAUAAAGAACAUCCACAUCUACGAAGGCAACCGAGAUGACGCCGUGCUCUCCGCAGACUUUCUGUCACUUCCACAACUGAUGAACGCCCAGAAGAUCUCCUUCCACGAGAGAUGUGCGUACACCGAUCAGCAGUUUCUCGACUUGAAAUCAAAAAUGAUUCGCUUCAAUUCAAUGCACAUUACGGAUAAAGGCAUCAAUCAGUUCAUCCGGGUUCGUCCAUCGAAAGAAUGUCUCUUCCGAACCUGUCCAUUUCAGAGAUGGGUCAACGGCGGAGGAAUUGAAGAUUUCGGAACGGCCGAAUUGUUGGCCGCUCGGCCCGAGAAUGAUAAUCACACGGAAAUCACGUUUGGCUUGGCUUUCUGGGAGUGGAAUCCAAAGUUCAAACAGGAUAAGUAAGUGGAAACACAAUAUCUCCAUGCGUCUCCUUCUAUUUCAGCCACGAAUUCUGCCAGAAAUUCGGAAGGUUGCACGGCGUCGGAACGUGCUAUCAAGUGCCCAGCCGAGUCGAUUCUCUUCAAAGUCUGACCGUUUGCAUUUCGACCGAAUGCGUCACGAUUUCGGCAACCGGGAAGAGGGAUCCAAGGCAGAAUCGCACGACAUUCGAAGUUCCGUCGGUAAUAGAUUUGCGAUAA